AUGGCGUCCCCCGACUUCGCCGCCGAGCUCGAAAAGGUCCGCCGCCUCGCCCACUCCCAGCUGCCCCACCAGGCAAAGCCCGCCACCCUCCUCCAGGCCAUCGAGCACGCCCUCGCCGCCACCCUCGGCACGCCCCUCCCCCACACCCCCACCGCCUACUUUGCCUCUCUCCUCCAAUGUCUCCAGAAGGCGUGCAACGAUGAAGUGGGAGAAGACGAGGACAUGGCAGAGAGCGAGAACAUGGGCCAGGGCGCGCUCAUCCCCGCCACCCUCUACCUCCUCGCCAUCGUCGUUCCCGAGACCCCCAACCAGGUCGUCCUCUCCAGCCUCUCCCCCCUCCUCGAGUGUAUCCUCCCGCUCUACGACGGUGCCCUCGAGCACCCUCCCGCCUUGAGGUCCUUGCUCCAGAUCACCACCUCGCUCAUCCUCAUCUCGCCCGUCCAGCUCUUAACGUCCUCGCCGCUCUUGAAGAAGGCUUGGAACUAUCUGCUCGAGCUCAACCUCGACCCCCGGCCCAAGGUCCGCCACCAAGCGCAGGAAGGUGUGCGCAAGGUACUCGUCACGCCUAUCCCUCCCCGACAAACGCCCGGGAACCACCCUUACCUCCCUCGAGCGAGAGAAUGGGUGAUGGGUGUACUCGAAGAAGAAGUCAAGAGCGGUGGAGGUAAGGGUAAGAAGGCCAGGUUUACCGAUGCGCAGGAAGGCGAUGGCAAGCGGGGUAUCCAGCUCGUACAGGGUUUAAGAAAUUGGGUCGCCGUCUGGGGCGAAGACUCRAUCURSUKMRCUURKUCSUUCAKCSCUGACSCCAUCCWSCACCUCRCURCCCRCRGCGCCGCCCRCCRCSCCCUCCCUCCCCUCCCCCACCUCACCUCCCAAGUCUACUCCCUCCUCGCCUUCCUCCUCACCCCUCCCCCUUCCUCCUCCUCCGCCUCCGCCCCCGCCCCCGCCCCCGCCGUCCUCUCCAACCUCCCCACCAUCCUCGACUCUCUGCUCGCCUCUCCCCCCGCUACAAGCGAGCUCCCAACCUACCUCUCCGCCAUAACCUCCGCCCUCAUCAAAACCUCCCUCCAAGACCCCGCCCUGCUCCCCACCUACCUCCCCAAAGCGCAUCAGCUCUUCUUCAAAGACAUUCUCCUCGCCCCCAACGCCCCCCCAGCCGUCCUCGCCGCCGCUGCGGCUUCCCUGGGCGCGGAGGGGAUGUUGAGGUAUUGUAUAACGGACGAGAUGAUCUUGGCGACUUUGACUUAUAUGAGGCAGGGCUCGCAUAUGCCCGGGGCGAGGAAGAAGAGCAAGACGCCGUUCUUGUUUAAAUUCUACGAAUCUCUCGUGGAAGCUAUGAACACCAACGCUCUCCGUCUGCCCUAUUUCCUCACAAUCCUCACAGCCCUCAUCUCCCGCCUCCGGCUGCGUGUCGUGCCGGGUUCCAUCCCAGCUAUCGCCGACCCUUCUGGUACCGGCCCCGCUGCGGCACAAGAGCUGGUAAUGGACUUGUUGAAGGAAGUUGGAGAUCUGCGGACCGAGCGAGGGUUUGAGAGCAAGGACAAGGUGGAUGAGGUUGUUGGUGUUGCGAUGGACGUUAUCGGCGUCGAAGCCGUCUUGAAAGUCUUGCCCCUCAACAUCGAGCCCGACGCAUCCGGCGUCCCCCCGCAACCCGGCCGCGCCCACCUCCUCCCGCUCAUCCGCCAGCACACCACAAACGACUCCCUCCUCUUCUUCUCCACCUUCUUCCGCCCCCUCUCCGAACGCCUCUUCAACCGCAAAGUCGCCGCCUCCGACGCCCGCCGCGAGGGCGAGGCCAAAGUGUGGGAAGUGGUCGUCUCGCAGAUCUGGGACUGCUUCCCGGGGUUCUGCGAGAUGCCGAGGGAUAUGGGGAAGGGGCUGGAUGUGCAGUUUUUGGGGCUUGUCACGGGGUUGCUUUAUACCCAGCCCACGCUUUUGCCGGCGCUCUUGAAGGGGCUGACCAACCUCGUCACUUCUACCGAGCGUCUUAUCGGGUCUACCACCGCCCCUGAGGAGUUGCGAAAGGAAUUCGGCCUCGACCAAACUAUCGCCCAAUCCAACCUCACCCUCCUCAAAUCCCUCGCCAAAGACAUGAUCUCCGUCCUCCUCAACGUCUUUUCCAAGAUGCCCCGCGAAUCGCGGGGUCAAGUCGGAGACGUCAUCGCCACCUGGGUCGGCAUCAUGACCCCGCAGGACGUGGUGGAGACGUACACAACCGUCACUACCCACUUGUCCAAUAAUCUCGACGAUUCGAGUGUGCCGGCGGAGGGGGCGAGCCCGGUGGCGCAUACGAUGUUGGAUCUGCUCAUCAUCUUUACCCCGACCUUGCCUCUGGCGCAAUCGCUCGCGCUCUUCACUGCGGUGUCCCAGCCGGCAAUGCUCCAGCACCGCGACGCCACCGUCCAAAAGAAAUCUUACCGUCUCCUCAAACGCCUCUUGGAGAACGGCAAGCUCGACCUUCAGCGCUCCAAGCUCGAAGCCUUCGUCACCAAACUCGGCGAAAGCGGCUCGUCCGUCGGCCCCGGCGCGCAGAGAGACAGACUCCAACUCCUCUCGGCGCUCGUCACCGCCCUCCCCAAAGACUCGCUCCACAUCAUCCCCGAGAUCCUCUCUGAAGCCGUCCUCGGCACCAAGGAAGUCAAUGAAAAAGCGAGGGAUGCCGGGUUCGAGCUGUUGGUGCUUAUGGGGCACAAGAUGGCGGAGGGGGGUGUUAUUGAACGUGGGGAGCAGCAGGUGGGGGAUGAUGAAGAUAUGGGUGGUGUGCAACUCGCGGGCACAGUCGACGCCAGUGCCGAAGAGUACCUCACAAUGGUAGCCGCCGGUCUCACCGGUACCACCCCACACACCAUCUCCGCCUCUAUCAACGCCCUCUCCCGUCUCCUCUUCGAAUUCCGCACCUCCAUCUCCGCCGAGACCACCUCCGAGCUCCUGUCCACCCUCUGCGUCUUCCUCGCGAGCAAGAACCGCGAGAUCGUCAAGAGUGCGCUUGGGUUUGCAAAAGUGGCGAUCGUGUCCCUCCCUGUGGACGCCUUGAGACCCCAUCUAGCGCAGAUGGUACCCGCCCUCCUAGGCUGGGUGCACGACCACAAAAACCACUUCAAAUCCAAAACCAUCCACAUAUUCGAACGUCUCCUCCGCCGAUUCGGGUUUGACGAAGUCUACGCCGCGGCGGGUGCUACGAGGGUGGAGGAGAAGAAGGUGUUGAUGGGGAUCAAGAAGAGGAAGGAUAGGGCCAAGAGGAAGAGGGCUGGGAAGGACGGGGAGGAGGAAGAGGAGGGGGAGAAGCCAAAGGCGACGAGUGGGAAUGCGUUUGACGAUAUUCUUUACAACUCUGAUUCCGACAUUGACUCGGAUGACGAUGAGGAGAAGGAUGCUGGCAGACCCCAGAAGGGCCAGAAGGGCAAGAAGGGCCAGCAGCAGCAGGCGCAGCAGCAGGGGAAGAAGGGGAAGAAGACGGAUGGGGAUUUGUAUAUCCGGAACGACGAGGAUGAGCCUAUGGACUUGUUGUCGAGGAGUAUCGCUGGGGGUGUCACUACUUCAAACCCCGCGAAAGAAUCUCGUCGCCGAAAGCCCGGAGAAGACGCUUCCAAAUUCCAAACCGACAAAUCCGGUAAACUCAUCAUCCCCGCCGACGGCCCCGACGACGACGAACGACCCUCCGCUUCCGCCUCCGCGUCCGCAGACGCUACAGCCUACCUCCCCAACAACACCGCCGACGGUACCCACCGCGACACCCGGGGCAACCUCAAGUUUAACCGCAACACCAAGCGCGCGAGGGAGGAGGAGAAGCAGAUGUUUGAAGUGUUUGAUGAGGAGGAUAGGAUCAAGGCGAAGGUGAAGGAGAGGAAGAAGAUGAGGAAGACGUUGGGUGAAGAGUUUAAGGCCAAGCGCGCUGGAGGUGAUAUCAAGCGAAACGACGGACCGGACCCGUACUCUUACGUUCCUCUAGGCCAAGCGUCUGGGAAGAAGGGGGGCAAGUCGUCGGUCAACUUGACCAACAAGAAGAAGGGUUCGAGGCGUUAAGUCGGUCGCGGAGGGGACUCAUGGAGGUCUUGAGAGUAGGUGGCUGGCGGAGGGAGCUUUUGGUUUUUGUGUUCUUGCAUCGUUUCUCGCUUUAGAUAAUCUCAUGAUGGUUCUUUCUCUUUUCUAUAUGAUGUGUAUGCAC